AUGACUUCUACAGAAUCGACAUCAGAAACAAAUUCAAAAAAACGUCGAAUAAUGAUUAUAACUGCUGAUGAAAGUAUAAUUGAACAAUUUCAAAGCAGUGGCAAUGUCACCUUAUUUAAAUCGAUAGUUUUGGACGCUAAUGGUAAUAAUAUAGAAAUAUCUCAUUCAAAUAUGAACGGCGUUCUGCAUGAAGGUCAAACAUCAACUAAUAGGAAAGCAAAAAAUGGUACAUUAACAUGCGUUGUAUGUGGUUCAACAGCGAAUGGAUAUAAUUUUGAUGCAAUAUCAUGUGAAAGUUGUAAGGCUUUUUUUCGUCGAAAUGCACUUAAAGAUCUAGAAACAGUUGAAUGCCGUCGAAAUGGCGAUUGCGAUGUUACAUUGGAAUCACGUCGUCGUUGUUCCGCAUGUCGUUUAGCGAAAUGUUUAAAGAGCGGAAUGAAACGUGACCGGUUAUUAAAUGCUGAACAAAAAGCAGUGAAACGUCGUAAAAUAGAAGAAAAUCGAAUACAAACUUUAAAAGUAACGGAAAAUAAUCAAAAUUUAAUAUCAGAAAUUAAACAACAAAAAUCUCAAACAUUAGCGUCGCCAGCUGUUACUACUUCAUCUGAAACAAGUGGUACAAAUCUUCUUCUACUAAAAGAUUAUACGGAUCUUUUACCACAGAAAAAAACAGACGGAUCACGACAAUUACUUAGCUACGAAGAAUUACAACGCGUACAAACAAUACAACUAUCAUUCGAACAACGUAUCGAACUUGCGGCUCGUGAUGGUCUCCCAUGGAAUCCAUCGAUUCAUACAAGUACUCUAUUGCAACAUCUCAAUGCUCGUUCGGUCUCAGCGAUGAGACUUCUAUCUUUUUUUAAACAAAUUCCUGAAUUUAAUGAUUUAGCGGUCCAAGAUAAAGUUACUUUAAUUAAAUAUAAUUUAAUGCCACUAUUUAUUUUAAAUUGCACACUUGGAUAUAAUUCAGAAACGGAGAAAAUUAUCGAAGCUGACUUUGAUGCUCCGUGGGAUUCAACAAUACUCGCGCAAGUUCAUGGUCAAGAUAUUUAUAUGAGAGUUAAAAAAAUUUUCGAAUCAUUUGUACGCAUCGCACAAUAUGAUCCUCGAAUAAUACAAUUGGCACUUAUUGUACUUAUUCUAACCAAAGGCUUUUCUGCAACUAGUGACUCUACGGAGCCGUGUCUAGACGAUGGCAUGGCUGUAUAUCGUGCACAAAAUUAUUAUACGGAACUUUUAUGGAAAUAUUUAGAGACAAUUCACGGCUAUGGAAAAGCUGUUCAUAUAUUCAAUGAACUUGUUGCACAUUUUACGUCAUGGCAAAUGCUUCAAUAUUAUCUCCACAGCGAUUUACAUAAUGUGUUAUCACCAACAGAAAUGAAUGAACUAUUACCGAUCAUGAAAUCAUUGCUACAUAUACCAUAA